AUGACUUGUUCCAUGUGUGUGUGGCAAUUCGCAGCCUUCUCUUUAUAACAGCCGAAAAUUUACGGCGCGGUCCAAGAUUGCCGGGAAAAUCGUUGAUGGAUUCAUAAUUUCUCCGAUUCUCCAUAAUAGGCUCAAUACAUUAAUUAUUCGUUGAAACUUGAUACAUCAACACUGAAUUGACAAUAACCAAUUAUGACUAGGGCAAAAAUCGAGCUUGGGGACGUAACACCGCACAAUAUAAAGCAAUUAAAGCUACUCAAUCAAGUAGUAUUCCCAGUUUCAUACAAUGAAAAAUUUUACAAGGACGUUUUAGAAGCUGGGGAACUUGCCAAACUGGCCUACUACAAUGAUAUUGUGGUUGGCGCUGUUUGUUGCCGUGUGGAUACUUCUGAGAAUGCACGACGAUUAUACAUAAUGACUCUAGGUUGUUUGUCACCAUACAGGAGACUUGGUAUUGGUACUGUGAUGGUUCAACACGUUUUAAAUUAUGUUAAAAAAGAUGAGAACUUCAACUCCAUAUUCUUACACGUUCAAGUCAACAAUGAAGGAGCUAUUGACUUUUAUAAAAAGUUUGGCUUUGAAAUUGUAGCAACGAAGCAACAAUAUUAUAAGAGAAUUGAACCUGCUGACGCACAUGUAUUACAAAAAACAGUGCAUCCACAAUCUGACACAAACCAUCAAACAUCCAGUCAGUAAAUGAAAGAAUUAACAUUCUAGCUCCUCUCUUUCUUUUAUUUCAUUGUUUCUAAGUUUAAUUCCCAUCUCUCAUCUUCAUUUUUUUCCGUUUUAUUUGGAUCAUAUCAUUGCUGUACAAAAUGUCAAUAAAAUUUUCUUGUAUUUCUA